GCGAAACGUCAGGAGAAAAUGCCUCUAGAACAUGGCCAUAUAGCCCGAAAAAACCUACAACAACCCAGAGUUUGUGCAGCUUAAUGGACUUUCCACAUGAUUGCAUUUAUUUUGUAUCGUUUGACUGCCUUGCAUAAAUUAGUAUAAAACUGAUAAAAAUAGAAGGAGCUCAAGUGGCUAAAUCUCUUUUCACCAAAAACAGGCAACAGUGACUGCAUUGUGUGUAGCCUCCAACAAUUCUUCCUCUGUGCAUGAGACAUUUUUUUUAUGAUAGAACCAAUUAGGAAAUAACAUUUUAAAUCCAAGAACAAAAAUUGUGUUACAUAGUGUUGGUGCGGGACAAACGUCAUAGAUUUAACAUACAAGGCUGCAUUCACUUUAAAUCUUGCAGAGUUUGCAAAGACAAGGUUUGUGGCUCUCCGUGGCUUUCUCUUGCCCUAGUUCAGUGAUGGGCAACCUUUUGAGCUUGGUGUGUCAAAAUUUGCGAAAAACCUGAGCAUAACUUAGGUGGGGUGUCAACUUCGAGAAAAACAACAACAUAAUUUUGCAAUAUUUAUAGUUUAAGAAAGAAAAGUGUGUAAUCCAUGCUGAGUUAUGGAGUGAACAAUGCUCAAACGUGCAAAUGUUAAAUUUAUAGAGCCUUUUACAAAUGAAAGGAUGGAAUUAGAUUGGCUCUUAUAAGGUGUACUUCUCUGUAUGCAUGUGGCCACGUGUCAUCAAAAAUAGCCAUGCGUGUCAGUGCUGACACGCAUGUCAUAGGUUCACCAUCACGGCCCUAGUUCCUUCUGUUCCGAAAAGUGUUUUGAGGGGAGAUUGUGCCAUUUCAGGAACUUUGGGAGGCAAAACAGGGAAGGGUUUUCGUCAGAACGGGGUCUCGGAGGGUGACAAAUAGUACGAUUUAAGCAUGUGUUAGAUCAAGUGGAAGGAAGUGAGGGCACCGCGGAGGAAUCCGCUUCUCUCGGGUCCUUCCGAGUGCGGAUUUUGCAGGACUGCAGGGUCGGCCUGGGCUACCUCGAGGAGCCUGGAAUGGCUCGGCCAUGUGGCUUGUUAUCUCUGGUCCUUUGGGGCAGGAGCCAUGUUUGGUGUGUCGCUUUGCCUGUUUUGUUCGGGAACUUGAGGAAAUCCCUCAAUGGUUGGUCCCCAUUCGCCUCCUCCAGGAGCACAAAUCGGCUCAUGAGACCCAUAAAUCCUUUUAAGGCUGAGGCUGGAGAAGAGACGGAGGUGGCGGCUGCUGCUACGGCUUGCAGGCCUUUUGCCUUUUUUGGGAACUGGCUACCAGCAGCUGUCUGGCCAGAAAUAGCUCCUCUCUUUCUGUGGAGCCUAUUCUUCUGCUCUUUCGCCAUGCUGCUCCUGACGCAGCUGGACAGGGAGAGCUUGCUGCACCUCUUCUCCUUCCUGGACAAGGAGAGCCGGUGGCGCCUGAGCCUGACGUGCCUGUGCCUGCGGAGGAUCUUCCUGGAGCCCUCCCUGUGGCCCUGCCUACACUUCCACUCCCCUGCGGAGCUGCUCCGGGGACACUUCCUCCUGGGGCCCACCCUGCGCCAUCUCUCCGUCUGCUGGUACUCGACCCGCAUCGUCAAGGUCUGCAACGUAGAGGAAUGGGCCAAGAGCCCCUUGCAGAGGGACAUCUGCGCACAGCACCGCGACGCCGUCAGCCGGCUUCUGCGCCGUGUCUGCCAGCGGUGUCCAAACCUGCAGUGCUUGACCCUUUCUGGCUGUGGCCACGUCACGGAUGGUGACCUGGCUCUGGUCCUGCAGAGCUGCCCAAGCCUCCGGAGCCUGCAGCUGGAGAACUGCGUCUGCAUCACCGACCGGACUCUGGAUGCGGCCUCGGCCAGUGGUGCGCCGGCCCUUUGCUUGCUGCGGGUGGACUUCUGCCGAAAUGUGACACAGGAGGGGCUGCAGCGCCUGCGCCGGGAGCGCCCCUCCCUCGCACUGCAGGCUGAGCGCAGCGCAGACAUGAUUCCGGAUGAGGUGCCGCGGUGCCGAGCAUUGGGGAGAACAUUCCAGAAGCUGCUGUGGAACUGAGAAGCCCACCACCCUCUCAAUUAGAACCGAUGCAUCCGGGACGUCACCCAGUGCAGGAUCCUCCUUUGUAAAGGCAUCUCUCCGGGCGACUUGUCUUCUUCCAGAUGCUAAGACAAAGCAAGAAAGUUUAACACUUUUCCAAAGUUCACCCCCCCCCCCACAUUGUGUCAAAAAUGUGUGUUCCUCAAGUGUUGUUUUUGUGAACCUUGCAAUGGCAAAUCACCCCCCUCUAUUUAAGAAAAACAGGACUUUUGGUUGUUUAUUUCUCAAAAACAGUGGAUCAUCUCCAGAAUUUCAAAAUGCAUCAAAGUAAACUGAGCGUGUCUCUCUUAAGUGGUUUUGGAUGUGUUAAUUUCUCCAAAUUAGAAGGUACACAGCUGUGAAUUCCUUUUUUCCUCCCUCCCUCCCUCUCUUCUUUUUUCUUUCCCUCUUUUACCUCCCUUUCUUUUCUUCCUUCCUUCUCCCUCCUUUCCUGUCCCUUCUUUUUCUGAUAUGGUCAAUGAAGUAAAGAGCUGAAAUUCUCCACAAAUUCUCUUAUGCACCGGGAUUGUGGCGCAGCUGGCUGAGUGUCAGCUGCAUUAAGAUCACUCUGACCAAAAGGUCAUGAGUUCGAAGCCAGCCCGGGUUGGAGUGGGUUUCCAACCAUUGCGUAGCCUGUUGUCGACCUUUGCAACCCGAAAGACAGUUGCAUCUGUCAAGUAGGAAAAUUAGGUACCACCUUAAAGUGUGGGGAGGCUAAAUUAACUAAUUUAUGAGGCCAUAAAGAAGACUCCAGCAAAGCAUUCCAUUGGGGAAGCAUGCGGGGAAUGCGGAAGUGCUUCAUCAGCGUCGCAGAUGGACGACGAAAGCGACAGCUCCCCUGGCGGCGAGAAAAAGUUAAAUAGCCUCUCCGUAUGUCUGUAUAUGUUGUAUGUCAAAAAUUGGCAUUGAAUGUUUGCCAUAUAUGUGUACACUGUAAUCCGCCCUGAGUCUCCUGCGGGGUGAGAAGGGCGGAAUAGAAAAGCUGUAAAUAAAUAAAGAAAAUAAAUAAUUAAAUAAAACACCGAGGAAACGAGAAGUAGCAAAAGUGCUCCCGUUCAGUUCUUGAAUUGGCUCUUUAUUUUACUCUGCAUAAAGGAACCCCUGCACAGGCAUUUCAAAUUAAAACAAAAAAUAAAUAUAUGUAAAACUGUCCUUUCUAAUGAACAAUUAUACACAAUGUACAACUCUUCAUGUUCACCGGGAAGGGAGAGAAACAGACCCUUCCCAAACAAACGAACGAACAAAGGGGUAAAAUGCACCAGAAAGGCUCCAUGCAAACGUCUCAAAAAAAAGUGAACAAGGGGAAGGACUUCACGGCUCUCCUCGCUCUUUUGUGGAUUUGUGUUGUGUUCAGUCACAGGAGAGAGAAAAAAAAGGAAA